CUCCGCCUCUCGCGGCAUUCUCCCUCCUCCUUGCAGCCCUUGGCAACCGGCCCUCGGGGAAGAGGCUCUGCUGCCUGCCGCUUCAGGGAAAGGCGAGAGGGGCCGGGGCUCGGGCAGCGGGGCCAGCUCCCACCUCCGCGGCUGGGGGGGUCGCGUCCUCAAUUCAGAGGCGCUGGGCUUCAGCCUUGGCGCUGGGAAGCCGUUCACCCCUCGGCGAGCUCCUCUCCUGUGCUUACGCAGGCUCAGGAGCAAGGGGGAAAUACUCCGCCCAUGCGCCGGAGAAAGGUCGGCCUGAUGAAUGUCGUGGGGCUGUUAAUGCGCCGGGAUAGCAACAGCGAAAGGGGAUUGCCGAGGGGACUGUCGUCGGCCCGGUGCCUAGAAAUGGUCGCACAGCCUGCGAGUAUCGCCCGGAGGGCGCUGCUCUAGAACUUAGGGGACGAAGGAGUAGCAGGAGGGACUCUUCACGUGCUCAGAAAGCGCCUUGGCCGCGGGACUUCUAGUUCCACAAGUAACCGGACUCGCCUUCAGGUCAUCUCCUGCAGCCGGGCUCGAGUCAGCAGCAGAAAGGCCCGAGCGAAGGGAUCCCAGUUGUUCCGGGGACUGAGAGGGGCACUUUGCCCAUGCUCAGGACCACCGAUUGUUCGGCAGAAUUCGCCAAGCCCUCCGGUCCAAAAUUGGCUCCAGAGCCGAGUUCUAGUCUAGCCCAUCUGAGUUCACCGAGGGGGAGGCGGAUCUAAGAACUGCCCGCUGAUCAACCGAGGGCGCAGCAGGGCGACGUAAUGUCGGGCGCUUUCGUCUCCGAGCGUCUGGCACGCGGGGUAGACUGCCCUUGCGCGUGGAGGCUCUGGAGGGCCUAAGGCGGAAGGACGGCCGGGCGGGGCGUGCUCCGGGCAGGCGCAAGCAGGGAGGCUCUGAGGGCCGGGCCCGCCUACCUGAGGCGCAGCAGCAGGUGCCUCGGCCGCCCUCUCCUUCCUUCCUUUCCUCUCCGCCAUGGCUCAGGACCCGGGAGCGGAGGAGCGCCGUCUCGGGGUGGCCCGACGGCCCGGCGAGGGGCGCCCCCCAGCAGGAAGCGCCUGCCCGGAGCACGGCCUGGACCUGGGGUGGUUCUGCUGCACCGAGAGGCGGCUCGUGUGCGUCCAGUGCUCGAGGCAGGGCAGCUGCCGGGGCCACCGAGUGCGGCCCCUGGCCGAGGAGGCGGCCGAGAGGAGGAACAGAAUUGUGGACCAGUGUGAAAAGCUUCAGCUGCAGAGGGCCACAAUUGCCAAAUUCACAGCGGAGGUGUUGCCAGAGAAGAAACAGCAUGUUGUGACUGAAGCCAGCCAUGCCCGGGAGGUCCUGAUCCAGCGCCUGAACCUGGUGAGGAGCAUGUGUGAGAGCGAGGAGCAGCGGCUGCUGGAUGCUGUCCACAUGGAGGAGGAGCGGGCCCAUCAGAGCAUCCUCACCCAGCAGGUCCACUGGAGUGAGUCACUGCGGAAACUGGAUGCCCUCCGGGACUACCUGGUGACAGCAAUCACAGCCAUGGAAGACAGCAGCCUUGUGCAGGCAGAGGAGGAAAUCUUUGAGAGGACAGAAGAAGCUGAUGGAAUCCUGAAGCCCCAGGAGUCAGAGAAGUUAAACUUUAAUCCACGGUGCAUCCAGAGUCCGUUGGUUAGCCGGUUAUGGGCUGCAGCUGUUCUCUGUUGGGCCUCAGAUGAAGUCCACAUUGACGAGAAAACGGUCAGCCCCCUCUUGGUACUCUCGGAAGACAAGAGAUCACUCACCUUCAGCCCCAAGAAAGUCAGGACUGACCCAGAUGGCCCGGCUCGCUUUGACCACUGGCCCAAUGCCUUGGCUGAGGAAUCCUUCCGCACGGGGAUCCAUGCGUGGAGAGUCAGUGUGGCAAAAAGUGGUGCUUACAAAGUAGGCAUCUCCUACAGCUCUCUGCAGCGCAAAGGAGCUGGCCCUGAAGCCCGCCUGGGUUACAACCCUUCCUCCUGGGUUUUCUCCCGGUAUGAUAAGGACUUCCAGUUUUCACACAAUGAGCGACACCAGACAGUGGAGAUGCUCAAGUGCCCAGCAGAAAUCGGAGUCUUGGUUGACUUAGAUGCAGGAGAGCUAUUGUUUUAUGACCCGGACUCCUGUGCAAUUCUCUAUGCACACCACGAAACCUUUGCCAGUGCCGUCUACCCAGCCUUGGCCGUGGCCAAUCAAAGCAUUUCUCUGAUGUAAUGACAGUGAGAUCCAGUUGAGACAGUACUGCAAGGUCAUAUUUAUCUUCAAUGAAAUUGAUGCACUAAUUUCCUAAAACUGCUUCUCUUGGUUCAUCCUGUAUUUUAAUAAGGUUAUCAUUCUGGUUCUUUACAAUUCAAAGCACUCAUGUGGACGACCAUCUGAUGUGCUUGGGAAAUCCCCCUUACUGCUUGGAAGGCUGAGAUGUGCACUGAUCUAUCCCAGGGAGUGAGAGAGUUUGCUCUGGGGUGGUUUGAUUGACUGUGUGUGUGUAUUAGCAGAUGAGAGUAAAGGUUUGCAGAUAAGUACCUCUACUACUCAGUGGAGACUGUAACUGGGUCAGAAGCUGACUGAGUGUGAAAGACUUGGAUUGCAAAGGACUUUCCACAUGAUCCAAGCCUGCAGUUCUCAAUCUUAUUUAGCCUUAGUGUAAUAACACUGCAGGUCUGGUCAAAAAAGAAAAUGACAGUCCCUGAGGGGAGAGAGGAAUAGCAAAUGAUAAAUUCAAAAUUCUGUGUAAAAAAACUGAACUCUGCAACCUGCAUAAGUUACACAGUGGAGCAUUUUGUUGCCCUUUGUUUUGUCAUAAUUUAAUUGUAAAUAUAGCUACUAUUUUGUUUUUGUUUUUUGCUGCUUUUGCUAGUCCUAGGGAGAGGCCAGGAAUGCCCAACCCUAACUGCUGAAAAUCCUGUCUAAUCCUUCUUCCAUCAAUUCCCACAGCUAUUGGACUGUAUUCAGCUAAGUCCUAUUCACAGUAGACUCAGUCAGAUUAAUGGACCUAAGUUAGUCCUGUCUAUUAAUUUCAACGGGUCUUCUCUGAACAGCACUAAUGUGGACUACAACCCUCUGUAAUUUUGGCAUCAUAUACUUUGCUGAUGUACCCUCGAGAAUAUCUUUGCGGCAGUAAGGGCUAAAAAUUUGUUUUCUUAUUUUCUUUCUUAUUUAAGUCUCCACCAAUAAGGAUUUCUCCUGAUGCAAACUUCUCAAGGUUUUUUUUUUAGUAUUCUGGAUAAAAAAUUGAAUUGAUUAGUAUUAGGAGAAUAAAUUGAUGCAAGUGUAAAAUUACGAUUUUGUAAUAGUCCUGAAAUAAAGAUAUAUCUACCUUCUGGA